UACUUUUAUCCCUACUAUACCUUAAGCUUCCCUUUCUAUUAAAUUUUAGUAUCCGCUCUUUUCGUUCGAUCGACCAAGUGAAUAGCAUAAUAAUGGCUGACGGAGAAGAAACUCUGAAGAAGAAGAGGACCUUCAGGAAGUUCACCUUCCGAGGAGUCGACCUUGACCAACUCCUGGACAUGCCCAAUGAGCAGUUGAUGGAAUUGUUCCACUGCCGGGCUAGAAGACGUUUCUCCCAUGGAUUGAAGCGCAAACCAAUGGCUUUAGUCAAGAAAUUGCGUAAAGCUAAGAAGGAGGCUCCACCAAAUGAAAAGCCAGAGAUCGUCAAGACUCACUUGAGAAACAUGAUCAUCGUCCCAGAGAUGGUUGGUUCAAUCGUUGGUAUUUACAACGGUAAAACUUUCAACCAAGUUGAAAUCAAGCCUGAGAUGAUUGGACAUUACUUGGGUGAAUUCUCUGUCACUUACAAACCUGUCAAACACGGUCGUCCAGGUAUUGGUGCGACUCACAGCUCGCGUUUUAUUCCAUUGAAGUAA